AUGAGGUCUCCAAAAUCAGUGAGACGUCCGCACAUCAGACAGCAACUGACGAACCGCAGAAAGAAUCUGGGACGAGUGGCCAAGUCUCAGCGCAACCAAUUCCGUCAAUGGUAAGAUUCUGUAAAGUUUUAGACAAGUUUUCAAAGGUUUUUUCAGGCUCCUUACUGCCGUCUUGCCAGGAUCGAUCAACGAGAAGCGUCAGGAAGUGUUCGCUUCUCUUGAGCUCACUGAGCAGCCGCAGAAGGUAACGUCACUUCCUCACGAGUCAUCAUUUUCCGGAUGACAAUACUGAUAGUACGCUUGUUAGUCCCAUCAGCGCGUUAUCAGUUCUGUUGUGUAGCGCAUGUGUAGGGUCGGGAACACAAUUCCAAUUUCUUUUCAUCUCCUGCCUAUUCAAACAUGUGAAAUGUAAAACAAACUGGGCAAGGUCACAUGGAUAAUUGUCAAAUUGUUUUCGCAGAAUCGACCUUGAGUGAAUCAUCAAUACUUUCAGGUUGAGAAAGCCAAGAAGACUGAUAAGAAGAAGGCCCAGAAGCAAGUCGCUAAGAACCACGAGGCUGAGAAAGAGGCCACCGCCAAGAAGGCCGCUGAGAAGGAAGCUCGUCGCGUUGCUGCUGAAGCGAAGAAGCGUGCCGCCGAAGAGGAAGAGCACAAGAAAUGGAAGGCCGAGCAGGAGAAAAUCCAGAAGGAGCAGGAGAAGAAGGACGCCGAGUUGAAGAAACUUCAGGCCGACAAGAAGAAGGAAAAGGCGGAGAAGGCCAAGAAGGAGAAGGCCGCCGCUGCCGCUGCUCCAGCCCCAGUUCAGGAGGAGGUUGUCGUGAAGAAGGUCGCCAAGGUCGAGCAGGCCGCUCCGGAACCGAAGACCCCGACUAACACCCCAGCAGAGCCAGCUGAGGUCGUUUCAGAGGUAAUUUCUAAACUAAAUGGGCGUUUGAUUGUAUUUUUUGCUUCAGGUUGCCUCCGCCGGAAAGAAGAACAAGAAGAACAAGAAGAAGAGCGAGAGUGAGGCUGCUGUCGAGCAAGUUGCUGAGGUCGUCGCUCACGAGGAGCCACAGCAACAGGCGGCGCCACAACACGAGAAGAAGGAAAAGAAGAACAAGAAGAAGAGCGAGAGCGAGGCCCAGGCUCCAGCUGCUCUAGAGCCAGUCGUCGAGCAAUCUGUUGAGGUGGGCUCGAGGGACGGGGAACAGAUAGGAAAAAAGUCACACUGCAAUUAAAUGAGAGGAAGAACUUGCCACUCGAGCAUAAACGCAUUGCACUCGCAUGUUUGAUGUGUGCGCACCCGCAAGGCUUUUUACAGACUGCACCACCGGCUCCGACAGCUCCAGCUUCUCAGAAGCCAACUGCUGACAGCUUGGACUUUCUGGACUUUGUGACCGCUAAGGAAGACCGUGCCGAGGAGCCAGCUCCAGUUGAGACUACUCCAGCGGCGCCGGCUCCUGCCGAACCGGUCUCCCAAAAGCCAACUGCCGACUCCAUGGAUUUUUUGGAUUUUGUCACCGCUAAGGAAGAGCGCGCCGAGGAGCCAGCUUCAGUGGAGAUCGCGCCAGUCGAGACCACUCCAGAAGCCCCAGCCAAGGAGGAGAAGGUGAUUACAGAGAUGUUGUCUUGCGAUCAUGUCCUUGAGAACCUGCACCCAUUACUAUUUGAUCUUUUGCACCUUGUCUAAACUGUCCCAUUCAGAAGUCUAAGAAGAAGGGAAAAAAGACCAGCGAGAGCGAGUCUCACCGCCCCACCUCCGAUGACAGCAUGGACUUCUUGGACUUUGUGUCAAAGAAACCAGAGGCCGAGCCAGUGGACGAGGAAAAGCCGACUGAGAAGCCACCAAAGGAGGAGAAGGUAGACGCCUCUCAAACUAACCUUUUGCACGCAAACUCAACCCUUCUCCUUUUCCAGAAUUCGAAGAAGAACAAGAAGAACAAGAAGAACAGUGAAAGUGACAAGGUUUGUAACAAUCACGCAUGUGUCAGAACGCUUCCAGCACCGUUUACCGUUUUCUAGGGCACUUAGGAUUUAGGCACAUUUAGACUAGUAUAUAGUAUUUUUUUGAGAAUGGGGCAUCGCUUGUCAAAGCUGCACAUGUAGAGGUGUCGGAGAUUGCUGAGAAGAAAUCGGUGGUGCCAGUUGAGACUGUGUCCAAUGCAGAGGAGCCAGUGGCUGAGAAGCUUGCACAUGAGUCCGCCAAACCAACUGCUGAUGAUCUCGGAUUCCUUGAUUUUGUUACUCCUAAAGCUGAUGAAACGGCCGCAGUUGAUCAGUCUGUUGCUGCUGCCACCACUGCCGCUCCAGUUCACUCCGUGAAGCCAACUGCUGAUGACCUCGGAUUCCUCGAUUUCGUUUCUGAAAAGUCGGAUGUGCAAACUUCCACUGAGGAAGUUUUGACCCAAGUCGUUUCCACAGCAAGUGAGACUGCACCAGUUGCCUCUGCCAAACCAACUGCCGACGACCUUGGAUUCCUCGACUUUGUUACUCCGAAGGCUGAUGAGCCAUCCGAAGCUGUUCCUUCCGAGAUCGAAGAGUCAACUGCUGCUCCUGCUGUUCCAGUUCAUUCUGAGAAACCAUCUGCUGACGAUUUGGAAUUCCUUGAGUUUGUUAACCCGAAAGCGGAUGCUGACACUAUUGCUCCUGCUGCUGCUGCGGGAUCUGCUGACGAGCCAGUGCCAGAGUCUCCACCUGCUGCUCCGAAAUCAACGGACUCUCUCGAAAGUCUUGAAAUAGUUGACUACGCCGACGUGCCUGCUGAGUCCGUCUUCGGAAAAGUUGUUGCCCCUGCUCAGAGCUCCAGUCCAAGCCCGAAUUCCGUUCUGCUGAACCGUUCGUCUAAGAACUCCAAGAAGAAGCAUCACAAGAAGCACAAGAAGCACAGCGAGAGUGAGCAAUCGCAGGAGCCGAGCAAGGAAGACUUGGAGUUCCUCGAGUUCCUGCAUUCCGAGCCAAAAGAGGAGGUUAGGCCCGCGUCUGAUGUGCAGCUUUCGAUUACUCACACCCGACUCUGUUUCCUAUUUUUUGACAGAUUUCUUCAAGAAUUCUCUUCGCUUUCAAACUCACUCGAAAAAACCGCUUCUCCGUUCCCUCACCUCUCUGUGUGCUUCUUCCAACAGUCCUAAAUAGCAGUAGAAGUUAACCAAUUAGUACUAUUUUUUGGUUGAUUUUCUUUCCUAUGGUUCAGUUUUUGUGAUGUCUGUAUCGUUUAGAAAUAAUGAAACGUUUCAGAAGGUCGAGGAGGCUCCAACUGCCGCAGCUGUUCCAGCUCCGGUCUCUCAGAAGCCAACUGCCGACAGCUUGGAUUUCCUGGACUUUGUGACUGCCAAGCCAGAGGUAAUCCACUUACACAACAAAAUGCUCCUUUUUAAUUUGAACAUUUUCAGAAUGUUGAAGAGCCAAUCGAAGCUCCGAAGGUCGUUGAGCCACUCCAGGUCGAUAACGAGGUAUGUGACUUGUCUGAUACAAAGGGUAGUUAGUUUGCACACUUCCAAGCCCUGACUAACUCUUCACGCCAUUUGUCAACCAUUUCUCAACUCGAUCUAUCUUUAGGUUGACUCAGACGUGGCACUAGAUUCCUUUGAAAUUGUAGACACUCAAGAGGUAGCUGAGCUGAUUUCUGCGCCGGAGAUUACUGUUGAGGAGGUAGAAUACGAUACACGAUUGGGUUAGAGAGCAUCAUAACAUGGUGUGGACAACCGGACUAGCGUCUUCUCGUUACUUACUAACUUUGUUGCUUCUCGGUUCCCACUUUCCAGUUAAACUCACCUCCAAUGCGCUUCUUCGCUGUCUUUCCUGAUCAGAUGCACCAUUUCCCUUCUUUCCGCACACACCCUUCUGUUUCAGAGCGCCGGAAAAAAGAAGAACAAGAAGAACAAGAACAAAAAGAACAGCGAGAGCGAGGCCCAGGCACCAGUUGCUUCUGAGGCCGCUCCAGAGAUUGUUGAGGAGGUCUUCGAGAAGAAAAUUGUGAUCCCAAGCAAUGAGGCUGAUGUUCCGGCUCCAGCUCAGAAGGUAUUCCCCUCUCCUACUCGCAUCAGCACUCAACCCCUGAAUGUUACCUGUUGGAAUGCAAAAAAGCUGAAAAAUUAAACUCACUCUACUCUAGAGCACACAAUUUUUUCUGCGUCUCAAUAACGAUUAUUUCCAGGAGGGCAAGAACAAGAAGAAGAACAAGAAGGGAUCUGGAAACUCGGAAUCCCACGAUGCCGUCCCGGUCGUCACCGAGAUCGUCCCAACCGUCGAGAUUCCGCAGACCGCUGUCAACGGAAGCAAGGGCUCCCCGGGAAGCGACAAGGAAAACUCGGGAGCCGCUGUCAAUGGAUCCGUCAAGAAUCAAUCUUCCGUCGAGGAGUUGGACUACGCCAAGCUGGCGCAGACCACGGACGUUGCUGCUGGAAACGAGAAGAAGAACAAGAAGAAGAACAAGAAGGGAAAGAACUCGAGCUCGAACUCGAUCUCGGAGAACGCUCAGGUCAUCGCUCAGCUUCAGCAGGAUCAUCUCGAUCAGCUGGCUGACGACGAAGUGAAUGCCAUCACCGGUGGAUCGCACUCGCCACCAAUCCAGGUUCACGAGGUUACUAGCUCCGAGCAGCACUCCAACGGAACUACCAGUAAGCACUCUCAAAACGCAGAAAAGUAUUACAAACGCUCAUUUUCAGUCGAGAAGAGCACCACCAUCGAGAUCACCCAGACCCUUGAGGAUAGCAACAUUUCGCCAACUCAAUUCCAGAAGAACGUCGAGAAGCUCGUUCAGGCCACUCUCGCCAAGCACGACAUCGUUGAGAUCGACCCGACCGUGGUGAGUUUUGCCCCAUAGUACAGUAUCCAGAUCAUUCUGAUUUUGUGCUAUUCAUUGUGUUGUGGUGCGAUGCAGUACACGUUUCUUUUUGAACACUUCCAUUCACAUAGCCUAGAAGCCCUGGUAUUUGGUUUUGAUUGCUUCAGAAACUGCGCAUUGACGCCCAACUCAUCAAGCUGUCGGAGAAGAAGGUGCCGGCUGUGGUCAUGGAGCACGUCAACUACAUCAAGCCUCUGCCAAUGGAACUCCAUAUCUCUCGCCCAUCGGUAGCGUAUUUUUUUUAGAUUUAGUACUAAUGAGAUUGAUUAUUGUUUUUUCUAGAGACAAACAGUUCUCACUCAGUUCUCACUUUCACGCCGCGUGUCUGUACUAUCAUAACAAUGAAAAUUUCAGACUCCAAGCCGUGACCGUGUCUACAAGCUGCUCCCGAAGGACAUUCUCUUCUGCGCCGGACUCAUCGACUCGCACGGCGAGAACUACGCUGUAAGUUAACCGUCUGAAGAACGAAACUAGUGGAAUCUUUCAGGCUAUGGCUGCUGACGAGCGCAACAUUUUCAAGGACACGGCUCGUGCUCUCCAGAGAAAGAUCCGUAUCUUCAAGGUAUCAAAAGCCCAAGUUUUGUCACAAACUGUUCAUUUUCAGGAGUCGCCGCACUACCAGACCUACCUGCGCGCCAAGGAGGAGAACCGACCGAUCGAGGAUGUGAUUGCUGCCGAGAUUCACUAA